UCAUUUGCUAGGCAUCUUCCUAGAUAUGCAAUAUUCAUGAAAUUAGCAAUUACCAGUUAUGCUGCAUACAAUCCGACACGUUCCGUCGCACUCGAGGAUUCAUCGUGUUCUAAAAUUUAGAAAGAUUCAACACUGUAAUAUAUCAUCGAGACAUUUACGAAAAGCUUUCCUUCAAUGUCUCGAUUAGGAGAAUCUCUUAAGAUACUGCGCGAGAGACUCAUAUUUAUAGCGUGCACACAGUGCCUUGUCAUCCAUUUACUAUUCGAUGGCUGACACUCCGAAAGCUCCCCCGCGGAGAUCGACCCAGGGAAGGCAGAAGAUCGAGAUCAAGAAGCGGGAGAAGGUGGAUCACCGCCGAGUCACGUUCAGCAAGCGGCGGAAAGGCCUCUUUGAGAAGGCUGCUGAGCUGUGCGUCCUGUGCGGGGCGAAGGUCGCGAUCGUGACCUUCUCCGAGGGGAGGAAGGCCUUCUGCUUCGGGAAUCACGAGACCGAUGCGAUGCUCGAGGGCUACUUGAAUGGGAGAAACCUGGGCGAGAUUGAGCCCUCUGGCGCAUACGUCCGGGCCCUGAAUGAGUCCAAGCAGCUCUACCUGGAGGCCUCGAUGAGGCUGGAGAGUGAGAGGGCCAAGGGGAAGUGCCCUGUUCGGCUGGCCAGGCCUGAAGGGUUCUGGUGGGACACCCCAAUGGAUGGCCUCGGGCUAGAGGAGCUUGAGUACUACCACAAUGCCCUGGAGAGGAUGAUGCAGAUCGUUCAGGCAAAGAUCGAAGAAGGGUCGAACACAGGGCCAGGACCGGCACCGGGCUUAGGGUUCAUUGGAACCGCAGGGGAACAAUCACUUCUGUAGACUAUACAAAACUCUUCGUCAAGGGGAUAGAUCUUAAUUGGGCAAGUAGGCUAUCUUAAAUUAUCUUAGGAUGUCUCAAAAAUCUUAAAGCAUUUCUUUCUACAAAUAAUAUUAUGGUAAUAUCAUAGUCUUUUCGUUUGUAA